GAAGUUCGAACUUAACCGAUCAUGUGAUCAAGUGGUUAGCCUUGCAGGCAAGGAUCGGUUGUCACCGCUUAUCUGCAGUCUCUUUCACCCCGAAGACACUGGAGGAGAAGGACAACAAUGUGCACCAGCGUCCAACCCACUGAGUGGACCACUGACCUCAAAAAUCAGAAUUUUGAUGGCAUCAUCCUUGUGACUCAAAGCUAUGACACCCUGUCCCGUGAGCUGGACUAUCUGAGAGCUCCACUGCAGGACUACAGCUCUGUGGACAGUGGUUUGGGGGAGGAGGUGGUUGUCCUCAGGGUUCCUGGUCUCCCUGGCAACCGCUUGGUGUUUUCCUCCACCGGCCCUGUAAACCGUGACUAUGACGAUGUCAGACGUUUCAGUGAUGCAGCAGUCAACGGCAUCAAGCGUGCCUUGAAAGCCGGCAUGCAGCGCCCCCUGCUGGUAUGCCCUCCACAAAAGGACUAUAAGAACAACGCCUUGGUGGCUGCACUUGGGGCCCUUCAAGCUCUCUACAUGCCACUUGAAGUGCGAGAGGCACACAUACAAUCCUCUGACAAAAAGGUGUGUGUUCUGGGGCUGUGGGCAGCAAAGGAGGCUGAGGGAAAGAGGCUGGUGGAGCUGACUAAUGCUCUGGAAAGUGGGAGACUGGCUUAUCGUGACAUUGGUGGCUCAGACCCUGAACGUAUGGCUGCUCCUCGCGUGGCUGAUUAUGUCCAGGAAAUGUUCAAGAACAGCCCUGUUUCUGUGGAAGUGUUGAGCGAUCUGAGAACUCUAGAGAAAGAGUAUCCGUGUCUGGCUGCAGUGAACCGUUGUGCCAACACUGUACCUCGUCACCAGGCCAGAGUCAUUAAGCUGAAGUACUGCGGUGAGGGACCAAUCCAAAAGACACUUAUGUUGGUAGGAAAGGGCAUCACCUAUGACACUGGUGGAGCAGACAUCAAGGCUGGUGGCGUCAUGGCCGGGAUGCACAGGGACAAGUGUGGGGCUGCCGCUGUUGCUGGAUUCUUCCAGAUAUUAGCCCACCUGAAGCCAAAGCAUCUGAAGGUUAUCGGCUCAAUGGCGAUGGUGAGGAACAGUGUGGGUGCAGACUGCUAUGUGGCCGAUGAGCUGGUGGUUUCCCGUGCGGGACGUAGAGUGAGAGUGGGAAACACCGACGCCGAGGGACGUAUGGUGAUGGUGGACCUGCUCUGUGAGAUGAAGGAGAAGGCAAUACAAGAGAUCAACCCUCAGCUGUUCACUAUUGCAACUCUGACUGGUCACGCCAUCAGAGCCAUGGGACCAAACUACUCUAUCAUCAUGGACAAUGGGCCGGCCCAUCGCAGCAGGAAUGCCACUCAGUGGCAGAAAGCUGGAGAGGUGUUGGGAGAUUUAUUUGAGGUAUCCACCAUCAGGCGAGAGGACUAUGAGUUCCACAAGGGCAAGUCUGAGUAUGAAGACAUCCUGCAGUCCAACAACCUGCCAUCCACUGCUACGCCUCGAGGACAUCAGGCCCCUGCAGCAUUUCUCAUCAUGGCCUCAGGCUUGGACAAGCAUGGGGUUGAUUCUGACACACCUCUGCCAUACUCCCACAUCGAUAUUGCUGGGUCCAGUGGUCCUUUCCCCGGUGUCCCAACAGGAGCUCCCAUCGUUGCCAUGGCAGCCAACUACAUCCUUGCAGAUACUAUCUAAAGAAAUACAGUUAGAAAAAAAUUUGUAACUAUCCAAAUAUAAGUGAAAACCAUGCCAGAACAAAGUAAUUUUGGUAUUUCUUAAUGCCUCAGGUCUUUUUCUGUCAGACUGUUUGUUGCUCUUUUUUGUAAGAUCUUUAAACUUUCUGAAUAAAGUGUCAAACAAG